AUGGUCGUGUUCUUAGUUUUCUCUCUAUUUUCAGUUUUUCUGAACGCUGAAGCUCAUAUUGUGUGCGAAAAUACCGAUAUUUUACUCUAUUGUAAUGGUGGUAGUAUUAUAAUUACAAAUGCUACAUAUGGCAGACUUAAUGCAGAAACUUGUCCAGGAUCCAGUGUGAGCAACACCAGUUGCGUAGCAACUAAUUCACUUAGUAUUGUUGAGAAUGUUUGCAAUGAUCGUCAUUCUUGUACGGUGUCCGCGACAAAUGCCCAGUUUAAUGGAGACCCAUGCCAAGGCACGUCAAAAUAUUUGUCGAUUGAGUGGAUUUGUACUGCUUCAACGAGUUCCGGUGUUUCCACUGAAACAACCGCUCGUCCAGUAACUUCACAAUCAUCAUCCACUACUCAAGCUGCCACCACCAAUUAUCCAUCAGGUGCCAUCAGCACACGAACGUGUCACGGUGAUAAAUUAAAAAUAAAAUGCGGUUCUAAAAAUAUCCAUGUCUUGGAUGUGUUCUAUGGAAGACAAGAUUUAGAAACGUGUCCCCACAAAAAGUCAAGCAAAGGGUUCGAAUUAUGUGACGGAUCUGCAGAAGCACGGAAUAGGGUGCUCAAAAAAUGUGAAGGAGAUGACCACUGUAUUUUAUUUGCUAAUAACUUAGAUUUGGGAAAAAAAUGUGACCAUGAUGAUGUAUAUGGGUAUCUUAAUCUUGUUUACAUUUGUGUGUAA